UGAUGGUCACACGUCAUAACUGCCAUUACGUGGCAAAAUUACACAAGUGAUAUUGGAUAUUUUGCACGGAAAAGAACAAGAGAAAACGUUGAAAAUUAUUGGAGUAAGAGAUUGAGAUAAAACAACAUUUGUAGUAGUUCGUGGCGUAUAUACCCGAAACAAAAUGACUAAAAAAGGAAAAAAGAAAAAUCAAGGGAGUAAAAAACCUGAGACUCACGAUACAUUCGCAGAAGCUGCAGAAACACCUAUUGCAGGAUCAUCUUCAGGAAUAUCAACUGCCAAAGAAACUUCUGAUAAAUGUCAGAUUCAAGAAACAGAAAAUCCAAAAGUAUCAGCUAUAACUACAGACGAUGCUGAUAGUACAGAAUGGAUUCAACAAACACAAAGGAAAAAGCAGAAGUCACAAGGAUCAGGUUCAUCACAGCAACAGCAAAAAGCACGUGGUCAACGGCAAACUUCAGCAGGUUUACCACAGCAACAAACAACGAGUCAACAGCAAGCAUCAAGAGGUUUGUCACAGCAAGGAGCACGGGGUCAACAGCAAGCUUCAGCAGGUUUACCACAGCAACAACAAAAAGUGUGGGAUAAACCGCAAUCAUCAGCAAGUUUGCCACAGCAACAGCAAGGAGCAUGGGGUCAUCAGCAAGUAUCAACAGGUUUGCCACAGCAACAGCAAAGAGUACGGAGUCAUCAGCAAGCAUCGACAGGUUUGCCACAGCAACAGCAAGGAGCACGGAGUCAUCAGCAAGCACCGACAGGUUUGCCACAGCAACAGCAAGGAGCAUGGGGUCAUCAGCAAGCACCGGCAGGUUUGCCACAGCAACAGCAAGGAGCGUGGGGUCAUCAGCAAGCACCGACAAGUUUGCCACAGCAACAGCAAGGAGCAUGGGGUCAUCAGCAAGCACCGACAGGUUUGCCACAUCAACAGCAAGGAGCGUGGAAUAAACCGCAAUCAUCGCAGCCGCAACAAACAUUGCAAACUCAAGAAUUGCUCGAAUCAAAAAUGUCUGGACUUUCUUUGAAAGAGCCAUUGCAAACGGAAAAGACUACUUCACAAGGAAAACUGUCAACUUCUACACAAAAGGAAUAUCAGCUUAUUAUCCCAACAAGGAAAAAUCCUAAUAAAGCUGGCACAAUGGGAAAACCAAUUCGUGUCGUCACUAACAUGUUUGAAAUCAUAUUUAAAGAGAACUUUGUGACUACUGCGGUUCACUAUGAUGUUUCUUUUGAUCGUCCAGCUUCAAAGACAAUAUGUAGAAAGCUUUUUGAAAUCUUUAGAAGAGGUUGCUGUAACAAUAGAUAUCCAGCAUAUGAUGGAAAGAAAAACGCAUAUAGUGCAUAUGAUCUUCCUUUUGGCGAAUAUAUAGAACAAUAUAUUAUACUUGAUGAUGAAGACGUACAGGAAACGAAAAAGGAAACGGAGGAAGCGAGAAAAAGAAAAAAAUUCAAAAUUACUUUGAAAAAAGUGGCUGUUGUUGAUCUUUCUUGGAUAAAAAAUUUACGUCCUGGUCUUGAUGAAGCUAAUCGUGAUCAAACCAGUAUACAAGUUUUGGAUAUUAUUCUGCGUCAUGCAUCAGAAUCGAGAGCUCUCGUUACCGUUGGAAGAUCGAUGUUCUGGAAUGAUAAAGAAGAAUCAUUAUUUAGUCUAGGUGAUGGCUUGAGUCUAAAGGUCGGCGCAUUCCAAUCUGCGGUACUUGGAUGGAAAGCUCAUUUGAAUGUGGACGUUGCUAACAAAGCAUUCCCCACAUGCCAAAAUGUUGUGAACUUAAUGGACAAGAUAUUAUAUGAGAGAAAUCCAACUAGAUUAGAAAGAUGUUUGGAAAACGUUUCAAAAUUCUUGACAAAUUUAAAAGUGGUUUACACUUUACCAAACACUGCAAAACGGACAUAUCGCGUAAAUGGAUUAGGUCCAGCAGCUACCCAUCAUAAGUUCGACUUUAAUGGAUCAGAGAUAACGAUAGAAGACUAUUUCAGACAAGUUAAAAGGUGUCGCUUGCAUUAUCCCGAUCUACCAUGUCUUUCGGUAGGCAACAAGAAAGAUAGUCAGAUAUUUUUACCUGCUGAGUUAUGUAAGAUUGCGCCUGGUCAGAUCAUUCACAGAAAGUUGAACGAAACACAAACUACUCAAAUGAUAAAACAAGCAGCGACAAGUGCGCCGAUGCGUCAAAAAAGCAUCCAAACUACGUUCAAAAAACUUGAGUUGAACAAAAGUGAUGUUAUGAACAAGGAAUUUCACUUAACCGUUGAUACCAAUAUGAAAGAAGUAGACGCCAGAAUCUUAUCUCCACCAGUGUUAUUAUACAAUGAGUCGCAAAAAUCGAUAGUAAAGAGAGGAGCAUGGAAUUUACAACAAUUUUGUCAAGCCCAGAAUUUAGUCAAUGGCUCGUGGACUGUAUUGAAUUUGUGCAUCGGUAAAGACAGAGAUGGCAGCAUAAUGCUAAAAGAUGUAGAGAUUCUCAAUUUUGUAGAUAUGUUGAAAAGAACAGCUCCUGAAGUUGGUAUGACAAUUGGAGAUCCACUAAAGCCAUUUGGACAAAUGCACCAUGACAAAAUAGAUGAUAUAACACGUUUCUGUAACUUAAAAAAAAAUUUAGCUCUGAUAAUGGUUGUCAUACCAGAUCGCACUGAUGAAACGUAUGGCAGAGUAAAACAAAUCACAGAAUUAAGAGUAGGUGUAUUGACACAAUGCAUAAAAGUUCGGACUGUUAAAAAAGCUAACGGUUCAACAAUAAAAAACAUUCUUUUAAAAAUAAAUUCGAAACUAAAUGGUAUUAAUCAUACGUUUAACAAAAUGCCUUCAUGUCUCGAGAAUGCUAAUUGCAUGCUCGUUGGUGCCGACGUAACUCAUCCUUCUCCUGAUUCUGUUAAUAUACCUUCUAUAGCAGCGGUUGCUUCUAGUCAUGAUAAGAAAGCUUUUCAGUAUAACAUCGAGCUCAGACUUCAGGAACCAAAAACGGAAAUAAUUAGAGAUCUUGAAGAUAUAAUAAGAUCGCAAAUUAGGAUUUAUCAUAAGAGAAUGGGAACUUUUCCUAAAAGAAUUAUUUAUUAUCGAGAUGGAGUAAGCGAAGGACAACUUGCUCAGGUUAUGCAUAGCGAAUUAACUGCUAUUAAACGUGCAGCACAAGCACACAAAAUAAAAGUAGAAGUUACUUGUUUAGUUGUUCAAAAGAGACAUCAUAUACGUCUUUUCCCUACAAGAGAUGAAGAUUCAGAAGACAAAAACAAGAACGUUAAAGCGGGUACAAUCGUUGACACUGGAAUUACUCAUCCUAAUCACAUUGAUUUUUAUCUCGUCUCGCACGCAAGUAUUCAGGGUACAGCAAGACCUACUAAAUACAGAUGCAUAUGUAACGACUCUAAUUUUGAUGAAAAUCAAAUCGAAGAAUUAACGUAUUAUCUUUGUCAUAUGUAUGCACGCUGUACAAGAGCAGUUAGCUAUCCUGCGCCGACUUAUUAUGCUCAUUUAGCAGCAUAUCGUGGAAGAGCAUUGAUACAAGGAGUUGAUAUUCGCUUGGAUAAUUUAGCAGCGGAACAGAAAAAGAUUCAGUUGAAAAUGACGGAAUUACCAAUGUAUUUCGUUUAAAACUGUAGAUCUCUAUUUCUUCUUAAAAAACUAUACUAACGUAUAUGAAUCGCUUGCUAUUAAAUGUCUAUAUCAUAAUUAGUGUUUUCUUCAUCAAUGACUUAUAAUAGAUCGAUUGCAUUAAAAGCGCACUGAUCUUCAAUCAGUUAAUAAAAAUGAUUUUUAAUCAGUUAAUUCAAUUUGAUAAUUUUUCUUUUAGAAUAAAAACGGAGAAAACAGAAAUUUCUGCGAAAUUUAUAUUCAAAAUUGAAUAGAUAGGUUUUAUUUUUAUCUUUCAACUAAUAAUACUAUUCAUUGUCAGUAGUACAAAUUUCAUCUUCAAAUAUAAAUAUAAAUUCAAGUUGCCUACACAUUUGUUGAAACUUAGAAAUUGGUAUAUUAGUAAUUUUAUCUAUAUAACUUUUAUAGUUUUUUCUUUUUGUUUUUAUGUUUCAAUAUAAAAUCUUGGUUUUUUUUGCAUGCAAAAUUUCUAGCCAUCGUAGAAAAUUUCUUGUAAGUGAGUAAUUGAAUUAUAUAAUGCAAUAUUAAUGCAAUCGAACAAUCUUUCUGUUUUUCUUAUCUUUUGCAUUUAUAAUCGUACGAAAAUACAGUGAACUCCGAAUUACUAUACGUGAAAGACUUCACAUACGAGGGUUUAUAGACGAGAUGUUGUCACUUUUAUCACGUUUUACAGAUUAUCGUUUUAUAAUUCCAUAUUAGACGGGAGUGUACUGUAUAUACAGAAUAUAGAGAAUAAAUAUGCAAAAAGAUACAUGUUGCCUGGUAACAGUAUAUAUGUUAGAGUUUUCUAUAAUUACAUUAAUACGUAUAUAAUUAUACAUAUUUGUUUUGUUUCUAAAAAAUAUAUAGAAUAUAGAAUUAGAGGUGGCUUAUAUUUACGUAUUACAUAAUUUGUAUAACGAAUACAAUGUCCAAUAGCUGUCUUACAGUGGAUAAGUAGAAGAGUUGAGGGAUUUUUUUAUAUAAAUAAAAAAAUCCUUUACCGUUUUGCAAGAUUUGCAAUAAUUAAGAAUUUAUUAAUGAAGAUCCGUUAAUGAGUGUGCAAAACAAUAGUCCAACUUUUCACGCGUUUACGAUUGCGCGCGGCAAUUCAAUGGGAGGAAUUAAUAUAACAGUUUAUAAUAUACAUGUUACAAAAAAUAAACUGCUGACAAUAAUUAAACGCGACAGAAUGGAAACACUUUUACGUUUUUUUAAAUCAAGAUAAAUACUUUUACUAUUGAGAUGUCAAUAAUGAUUUUUUUGUGAUUAUAUAUUUAUGGAAAGAAUACAAAAAAGAAAAAAAAUUAAAAGUUAAAUAUUGUU